GAUUUGUGGCGAAAGACUGAAAUAAGAUUAGUUUUCAAGCAAAUACAAAAACUGAACCAUGGGGCUGAUGAGACUUUGGCUCCUGGUUAUGGUCAUUGGAGCAAUAUUUGUAGAAAGCGAGAGUUCCCGCAUAACAGCGGUGGGAGUCGAUCUGGGGACCACCUACUCAUGUGUCGGAGUCUUCCAAAAUGGCAGCGUGAAAAUUAUUACCAAUGACCAAGGUAACAGGAUCACCCCUUCUUAUGUGGCUUUCACCGCUGAAGGAGAGCGUCUCAUUGGUGAUGCUGCUAAAAACCAGUUGACCUCCAAUCCAGCGAAUACAGUUUUCAACACUAAAAGAUUCAUCGGUCGCACUUGGAAUGACUCCUCUGUUCAACAGGACAUCAAAUAUCUGCCCUUCAAGGUGCUUGAGAAGAAGUACAAACCCCACAUUGCUCUUAAUGUGCAUAGACGGAGAAAGAUUUUUACACCAGAGGAGAUAUCUGCCAUGGUUCUCUCCAAGAUGAAGGAAACUGCUGAAGCAUACCUUGGAAUGAAGGUCACCCAUGCCGUGGUCACUGUUCCUGCUUACUUCAAUGAUGCCCAGCGUCAGGCCACCAAGGAUGCUGGAACCAUCGCCGGCCUGACUGUGAUGAGGAUCAUUAAUGAGCCAACGGCUGCUGCUAUUGCUUACGGUUUAAACAAGAAGGGUCGUGAUAAAAUCAUCUUAGUGAUUGACCUUGGUGGUGGUUCCCUUGAUGUAUCGCUACUGGAUAGUUACAGCAGGCAACUUGAGGUUAUAGCCACACAUGGAGACACCCACUUGGGUGGAGAAGACUUUGACCAGCGUGUCAUCGAGCACUUCAUCAAGCUGUACAAGAAGAAGACUGGCAAGGAUGUGCGCAAAGACAACCGCGCCGUUCAGAAGCUGCGUCGGGAGGUUGAGAGGGCAAAGAGAGUUCUGUCUGUAGACUAUCGAACUCGUAUUGAGAUUGAGUCUUUCUUUGAGGGUGAUGACUUCUCUGAGUCUCUGACUCGUGCCACGUUUGAGAGUCUGAACAUGGAUCUCUUCAGUUCCAUCCUGAACCCAGUGCAGAAAGCUCUGGAAGAUUCUGACCUGGAGAAAUCUGACAUUAAUGAGAUCGUGCUGGUCGGUGGCUCCACUCGUAUUCCCAAGAUCCGGCAGCUGGUGAAGGAGUUCUUCAACGGAAAGGAGCCCUCCAGAGGCAUCAACCCUGAGGAGGCCGUGGCCUACGGAGCUGCUGUGCAGGCUGGCGUGCUCUCUGAGGAAGAUUAUGGAGAUGUGCCCAUCCUUCGGGAUGUGUGUCCCAUGACUCUUGGUGUUCAGACUGAUGAUAUAGAAAAUAAUGAGGAAGGAGUGAUGGCCGAGCUGAUCCCCAGGAACACCCUGGUGCCAGACAUUAGGAGGAAGAGGUUCACCACAGUAGUUGAUGACCAAACAGUUGUCAAUAUCAAGGUUUUUGAAGGUGAGCACAACAUGACCAAGCACAAUAAUCUGUUGGGGAGUUUUCGCCUGACUGGCAUUCCUCCAGCACCCCGUGGGGUUCCAGCCAUUGAGGUGACCUUUGAGAUCGAUAUCAACGGUAUCCUCCAUGUAACUGCUGAAGACACGGAAACCGGCAACAUGAACAAGAUCACCAUCACCAACGACCAUAACCGCCUGACCCCAGAGGACAUUGAAAGGAUGGCAAAUGAUGCUGAGCGCUUCACAAAAGAAGACAAGAGGUUGAAGGAGCGCAUCAACGCCUCCAACGAGCUGGAGUUCUAUGCCUACUCCGUGAAGAACCAGAUGGAAGACUGGAAGGAGCUGCGUGGCAAGCUGUCUGCCACUGACAAAGAAACCAUCAAGAAGGCCGCGGAGGAGCAAAUUGAUUGGUUGGAGUUCUUCCCGGAGGCCACAACAGAAGUACUCAAGGCCAAGAAGAAGGAGCUUGAGGAGUUUGUUCAGUCCAUCAUUGGCCAAGUCUACAGCAAUGCAGAUGGACCUCCUCCAGAGGAGGGUGAGGGUGUGCAGGACAAAAGGGGAGAGAAGAGAGAGACAGAAGGGAAGAAAGAGAUGGCAGAGCAGGAGGAAAGGGAUGAGCAGGAAGAGAGGGAAGAAAAGGAAAAUAAUGAGCAGGCCGCUACAGAAGUACUCAAGCCCAAGAAGAAAGAGCUUGAGGAGGUUGUUCAGUCCAUCACUGGCCAAGUCUACAGCAAUGCAGAUGGACCUCCUCCAGAGGAGGGUGAGGGUGUGCAGGACAAAAGGGGAGAAAAGGACAAGAGAAAAGAGAAGGAAGAGAGGGAAGAAAAGGAGGACAAUGAAGAGCAGGAAGAGAGGGAAUAUAAGGAUGAAGAGAAAACGACAGAAGAAGAGAAGGAGAAUAAUGAGCAGGAUGAGCAGAAUGUGAAGCUAGGGAUGGAUGAACAGGACAAGGAGGAGCUGUAGAUGUAGUGGCCACAGCAGCUGCUCUCUUUAAAGGAAUAGUUCGGUAUUUUACACUUUAAGCCCGUUUCCUGUAUUGCUAGCAUGGAAACGAGUGUUAGACACCGAAAUUUCGACGAUUAAGCCUGUUUGUGGAAUUUGGCAGCUUUAGAAUGGAGCUCUGUAUGGCUUUCACAUUGCUCGCUUUGUGCAUGGUCUAUUCUGUCCUUAAAACACCCCUAAACGUUCGUUUAACGUUUAGAUUUCAGUCUCAAACACUCGUUUUCAUUUCAGGCUGCAGGACAGAUGAAAGGCUUGUUCACAUCCCCACUAAUUACAGUGCAUGGAAAUGCACUGUACUGUUAUCGUCAGACUUUUUAUUAUUCUUCCAUCCAGUUUUUUUUGCAUCUAAAUCAACUCUAACCAUUUAUGUACAAACUUUGUUCAACCAUUGUUACGUGGGUCUCUCAAACAUCACCAGCGGAAUGUAACUUUAAUGUUUUACAACUUUAUACUUUUUAAGAUAUUUGCCAUAAACAUGCUAAAAAUGUCCCCGUUGUA